UUUCAAAAACUCGUACACUCUCACUCCCUCCGCCCCUUGGAUUUCAUCUGAGCAGAAUAACAAGAAGGAGGAGAAGAGGAAGAAGAAGUAAAAGGAUGUCGAUUCGAGUGCUGAAUCCGAAUGCGGAGGUGCUGAACAAAUCGGCGGCGCUGCACAUGAACAUCAACGCCUCCAAGGGCUUGCAGGACGUCCUCAAGACCAACCUCGGCCCCAAGGGAACCAUCAAAAAGCUUGUUGGUGGACUGGCGACAUUAAGCUUACUAAGGAUGGCAACACUCUGCUCAAAGAAAUGCAAAUUCAGAACCCAACAGCAAUUAUGAUUGCAAGGACCGCUGUUGCCCAAGAUGACAUAAGCGGAGAUGGCACCACCUCUACUGUCUUAUUCAUUGGUGAGCUUAUGAAACAAUCAGAGCGAUACAUUGACGA